AUGGUGUGUUUAAACAAUUUCUUCCCACGACCUAGACGAAUCGCUAUGCAGCAUCCAGUUUGUAAGGCGAAACUUGGCUUGUGCAAAAAAAGAAGUGAGAUGGCCACAGAGAAAAAACGCCUUAGAGCCUAUAAUUUAUUUAAGAAUAAAGUAAAAUCUACCUUUGUUUUUUCAAGACUUCUGGGAGGAAAAAAGGAAGAGCUCAAUCAACCGUCCAUAUCGCCCUCAUUUAAAUGGAUAAUGUAG